CGUUUAUUUAUAGCUGGGCUCUUUGUGAGGCUGCCAUGUUGCCUGCGAGGUAACUGCCCGUCCGCCCCAGAGGAGAUACUGCGGCACUGAGUCACCGGUCCCGGUCUGUGCUGUGCUGUGAGGCUCUCAGGUUCACCGUGUUGCUUAAUUAGGACAUCCCGGAAGAGUGUCGGUCCUGCGCGCAGCUGAGUGACGGUGCAGGGAGGCAGGAGGGGACCGGAGCGCACAGCCACGAAUCCGUCCAAGAGGAUACUGACAAAUCCCAACAAAACAUCCCUACAGAAAUACACCGCGGACCAGAGGAGGGAGGUUUGUCACCAUGGAAGGUUUAAUGGAGCGGCUGGAGCGAGCUGUGACUCGCCUGGAGAAGAUGUCCGUCACCAUGCAGGCGCCCAGUGGCAUGGCCAACGGAGACUGUGUCAACGGCAUUGACGGAAGUUUGUCUCAGUGUGUCGAAGCUUUUGACGUCGUACUGAAAGGUCCAGUGUCAGACUACCUGAACUACAGCCGGGCCAUAGGAAGCGAGGUCGAGAAACAUGCGGAGAUGGUGAACAAAGCCCUGCAGACUCAAAGAACUUUCCUCAAGAUGGCUGCCACACACCAGGAACCUGCACAGAUGGAGUUUAAUGACCUGCUCAAGCCAAUUUCGGAUCACAUCCAGGAGAUCCAGAGCUUCCGAGAACGAAACCGCGGCAGCAGCCUCUUCAACCACCUGUCGGCCGUCAGUGAGAGCAUCCCUGCUCUUGGCUGGGUAGCUGUGAGUCAGAAGCCGGGUCCAUAUGUGAAAGAGAUGAAUGAUGCUGCCACCUUCUACACCAACAGAGUGCUGAAGGACUACAAGGAGACUGACAGACGUCAUGUGGACUGGGUGCGUUCCUACCUGUCAAUCUGGACCGAGGUGCAGUCCUUCAUCAAACAGCACCACACUACAGGACUGGUGUGGAGCAAGAGUGGCCCCAUUGCUCCUCCUUCUCUCUUUGACCCCCCCACCGUCCCCAGUGCUCCCUGUCCCCCACCUCCCCCUCCUCCCCCCGGCCCUCCUCCAGUCUUCACUGAUGAUGACUCCCAGCCUCAGGCGGGCGGUGCGCCGGCCCCGCACUCAGCGCUGUUUGCCCAGCUCAACCAGGGCAUGGACAUCACUAAAGGUCUGAAGCACGUAUCAGAAGACAAGAAGACCCAUAAGAACCCGAAUCUGCGAUCGCAAGCAACACCGACCAAAACAAAGUCCCCAGGUACCGCAAAGUCGGCCAAAGCAGCCGUCCAGAAAAGACCCCCUCUGCUGGAGCUGGACGGGAAAAAAUGGAGGGUGGAGAACUUUGAGCAGAAACACGACCUGGUGAUCGAGGAGACGGAGCUGAAACAAGUGGCCUACGUCUUCAACUGCAACAACUCCACCUUGCAGAUUAAGGGCAAAAUUAACUCAAUCAUCAUAGACAACUGUAAGAAACUGGGUUUGGUUUUUGAGAACGUCGUUGGGAUUGUGGAGAUCAUCAACUCGAAGGCAAUUCAAUUACAGGUGUUGGGAACAGUUCCCACCAUUUCCAUCAACAAGACCGAGGGCUGCCAGGUCUACCUGAGUAAGGACUCCCUCAACUGUGACAUCGUCAGUGCCAAGAGCUCUGAGAUGAACAUCAUGGUACCACAAGAUGACGAAUAUAGGGAGUUUCCAGUACCAGAGCAGUUCAAGACUGUUUGGGACGGCUCCAAACUGGUGACAGAACCCACUGAGAUUGCAGGCUGAUUGAUGCUUCAUCGUCAUCACCACCAGAACACCAAUCAUCAUCAUCACCACUGAUUUUAAAACAAGAUAAUCUUUCCGUCCCCUGAUUUUAUUGGGUUUAAGAGACAUAAAAGGGAUUUCAUACGCAGCCACUGCAACAGAUUAACUUUUGAUCCUCUCCUUGUUGCUGUAUUUGUGACUUAAUGAUGUCUCUCUCUAGCACUUUGAAACUGUUGAUUAUAAAUAACCAGUGAGUAGGUUGAUUGUUGCUCUCUAAAAGUAAAUUGACAUCUCAGGUUUAAAUCCCACAAUCCUAAUGUAUUUACCCUUUCUUACAUUUCUGUGCCAUAAGCAACAAAGGCAUUAUGUAAGAAUAAGUAACUGUCUUCAAAAUCCCAUUAUCUUCUCAUCUAACUUUUUCUGGAUUACCAUCACUCUGACUGUACUUCAUCUACAUUCAUUUUUGUGUCUCAUUGUAUUAACGUUGAGGCACAAUUAGACCACUGCAGUCACACAUUAUUUUACAGAAAAAGCUAAAGAUUACACAACACACACAUACGACAUUCAGUGGCCAAGCAGACAGGGAUAACUUGGAGUCAAGUGUAGGACUAUUUAGUAUAUUGUCUAUCUAAUGAAAUGUAUUUAGCUGCCUCUCUAACUGUGUAUAGUGCAUGGUAGUCAUGUAGUACAUAUUUCACUAAGUGAAGUUUAUGCAGCACUGUUCACUAUAUUUUGCAUUACCAGCAGAGGUCACAGUUUUGCUAGUGCAUAAUACUGUAUGUGAAGCAUAAUCAAUCCGGAAAGAUGGAUGUAACAAUGUCAGGAGACGUUAGAUCAACUUGAUCAAAACAAUCAACUAAAUACAUGGAUACUAAUUUUUAAUAAGUAACUGUGCUGCAUUUAUACACCUUAAAAUACUAACAGUAGUACCCAUUACCUAUAGUCUCUAUAUUACUUUGUACACCACUCUGUUUUGUAAGAUGUAGCACUUGGCACCAGCAUAAGGGAGAAGAUACUGUACACCACUAAUACUUUUCCAAACUUUUAAUUUACAUGAAAACAAUUUGAUGUAAUUGUGUAUCAUUUUUCAAAUAAAAUCAAAACCCUCA